ACUUUGCGCUGCUGAAAUGGGAUUUUAAAUGGGAAUGAAAGGGAAUGUUGUGAUUCUGAACUGAACAUCCGAAGAAAGGCAAUGUUAACCGUUGAUUUGGACGUUGAGUUAUGGCAUUCUAAAGAGAAGUGAGACGAAAUAUCUAGGAGGAAGACAACUCAAAAGACGUAGCACAUAACGACAACAUAGCACGUAGCCACGUAGCAACGCAUUUGUUAUCGUGUUAUUUUCAGAGAAAGUUGUAUGGUGUCAGUGGAGGAAGCAUUCAGAAAGCACCAAGUUGUGCCGGACGUUGUAUCAACAGUCCCCACCAAGCUCAUCAAUGUCGAUUACAGUAGUGGUGUUAAGGUGAAUCUGGGCAAUGAACUUACGCCGACGCAAGUGAAAGAUGAGCCGAAAGUAUCAUGGGAAGCGGAGGCUAAAAGCCUGUACACACUUGUUCUGACUGAUCCAGACGCGCCAUCUCGAAAAAGUCCUAAGUUCAGAGAAUGGCACCACUGGUUGAUAGCUAAUAUUCCUGGGCAAGACGUUAGCAAAGGUGAUGUGCUUUCCGAAUACAUUGGAUCGGGUCCGCCACAAGGCACAGGACUUCAUCGUUAUGUAUUCUUAGUUUACAAACAGCCUGGGAAAAUCGUAGAUAUCGAACAUGGACAUCUUACUAACAGAUCAGGCAAAGGUCGCGGAAAUUUCAAGAUUACUGACUUUGCAAAGAGACACAAGUUGGGAAGUCCAGUUGCUGGUAACUUCUACCAGGCUCAGUACGAUGAUUAUGUGCCCAAACUGUACGAACAAUUAAGCGGCUAGCGAUCAUAAUUUGUUUUUGUGACGUUUAAAUGAUGUUAUUUUCUCCUUUGCAGUCAUUUCGCUAAUUUCAGA